AUGGCCUCCUGGAACACCUCGGCCACACGAACAGCUCGAUACUGGCCGAGAUCGUGCCAGACGAUCGAGGCCGUGCUUGCCUGGUUCGCUCCUUCGGUGGUCGGCAUGCUCGCCGAGCGCCUUUACGGCUACAAGCUGGUGCGCUCUGCUGCGAGCGGCGCAGAGCACGCGACCUCCGUCGAGACGGACCGGCACAACGCAACCUCCCUGCGCCCGGCCGGGCCUAGCUCUGCAGCGCCGUCUCCCGCGUCACCCUGCUUCGAGCCGGCGCGAGCCGCCUCGGCCUCACCAGCGCCAUUGCGCCGUCCUCGACCACGAACUGUUGCUGGUGGUGAUGGGCCGCCCACGCCCAUGGCGGAUCCUCUGCUCCGCGGGCUGCUACAGCUGCUGCUCCUACGUCGGUGGCGGUGGACGGGGGUGCGUCGGCGGCGGUGGAUUUGUGGUGGCGACUGGCGAGCUGCUGCUCCUGCGUCAGCGGCGGUGGAUUUGCGGUGCGUCGGCAGCGGUGGAUUUGCGCGCCGGUUCCUAUUGGAGUGGGAGCCCGUCGGUGACUGCAAUGUCUACAAGGCAAGCGGCAGGUGGUGCCGCUAUGAUGCCAACACAUCAGUGUUCGCGUGCCUUUGCUCAGAUGGUAGCAUGCACCAGUCGACUUGUGUUUCGCUGUCUGCUGCGUCGAGCUUGGUUUUCGCCUGUCUUGCAUGUCUGAUGUACCGCCAGAAGAAGAAAAUCAGAUCAGCAAUAUUCAGAAUUUACUCUCGCAAUACAUCAAAUAUCGACGAAAUGCUAAGAAAAUGUGAAUCUCAUGCCCCGAAGAGGUAUAAGUACUCACAGCUGAAGAAAAUAACAAGAUCAUUCAAGGAUGUGCUGGGAGAAGGUGGAUAUGGUGUGGUAUACAAGGGAAGCCUGCAGGAUGGCAGAAUGGUUGCAGUGAAGCUAUUGAAAGGAUCAAAAGGCAACAGAGAAGACUUUCUGAACGAAGUUAUGAGCAUCGGCCGGACUACUCAUGUCAACAUUGUCAGUCUGCUCCGUUUUUGUUUAGAUGGAUCUCACCGAGCACUUAUAUACGAGUACAUGUCCAAUGGUUCUUUGCAGAACCACAUUUAUUCAGAGAGUUCCAAACAAGCCAUCGGAUGGGAGAUGUUCCUAAAGAUUGCGAUCGGUAUCGCACGAGGGUUGGAGUAUCUACACCAGGGUUGCAACACCCGCAUCAUCCAUUUCGAUAUCAAGCCUAACAACAUCCUUCUAGAUGAUGAGUUAUGUCCCAAAAUUGCAGACUUUGGUAUGGCAAAGCUAUGCCACCUCAAGGAGAGCGUCCUUUCAAUGGCCGAAGCGAGAGGGACGGUUGGUUUCAUCGCACCAGAAGUGUUCUCUAGAGGCUUUGGACUCGUCUUGAGAAAGUCUAAUGUUUACAGCUAUGGGAUGAUGCUCCUAGAAAUGGUCCAAGGGAAGAAGGAUGAGAAAGGAAAGGCAGACAGCCACUCUAGUGAAACAUUUUUUCCACAUUGGGUUUGGGAUAAUUUGGCGAGGGAGUUGCAUGGAUCCGAAGCCAAAUAUGGAACUGAAGAAAUCAUGAACCCUGAAAGCCGCCCAUCCAUGAGCAGCGUUAUAGAGAUGUUGGAGAGGAGCAUGGGUGAACUGGAGAUGCCGCCACGGCCGUUCCUCUUCUCUCCGGUGCACUCGACAACAGCUUCAUCCUAUGCAUCUGUCCUAGUUAUGAUGUCUUCACCAUGA